AUGAGCACCACCCCGAAGUGGUACUGCCGCAACAAAUCCCAGCCGAUGCACACGUUCGCGGAAAUCGGAAAAUUGGGCCUGGAGCUGCGUCGGAUUACCAAGCGGAUUGUGAUCGAUGUAAACUCGGCGAUUUUCAGUGAACAUGACACCAUUUUGGAGGAGUGCGAGCGGGUGGUGGAGCAGUACUGGAACCUCAAGGAUGAGACCAAAAAUGCUGACUUCCAAUCGCUAUCCAAGAAGAUCAAGCGAAGUCCCUACAAUCAGCUGCUGAUGAAGAAGUUCCAUUUGAUAAUGGAUCUCAAUGACCGACGCUUUUGCCAGCUCACCUUUGUGCUGAAGCGAACGUUGAGCUUCCUGCUUCGCAAGGCCAUGCAAUCGGAGAUGUGGCUGAAUUGGGCUUUGCACAUCACUCAGUUGUACAACAAGUGCCGCAAGGUGGAGAAGCCACUGGUUCCAGUCGAGGUGGAUAAGCCACCGGGUGACGAAGAGCUGGAUGAGGAGCCCAAGCUGAGUGGCAAGAGGAAGGAGGAGAUGCCCGCCAAUGUGUGCAGCAAUAUGUAUCCUGCUCUGCUCCUGGCGCUCAAAUCCAUUGACUUUGGCUACGUUUUGCAGUUGGUGGCUCAGACUCGGGUGGAACAGAAUGCUCUGGAUUUGGUUUUUGGACUCUUCAACAUGGGCGAGCAGGAUGCCUGGCGGGAGCAGCAGAAUCUGGAGUCCACCUCCUCCAGCCUGGAGAUACUGCGCACCCUGAACAUAUCCGCCGCCGGCGAUUACCAAACGUAUUGCGAUUCCGCCCAGGAUUACAAGUCCAUGCAGAUGCAGAUGGCGGAGGAGAGUCUGCAGGAUCAGGAUCGCCAGAGUCUGCGCUGCAAGCACACAGAGAGCUUUCUGCAGAAGGAGCGCGUGUUUAUUGCCCAACUGAUAGCCAAGGCCACGGAAAUAAGUCCAACCAUUUUCGAUAAUGGCAAAAAAGGUCCUGUGGAUAUGAAUGCUUACAUUGUGAAGGGCUUGCGACUGCUCUGGUCGUAUGUAGGGAUUAUCUUGGAUCACAUAUUGCUCUGGUGGAUUGAUAAUCCCGUAUCCUGCUAUCGCUUAACCCAUAUCGACUCCAUACGCAGCUGGCUCUAUCAUCAGAGUGUUAAUGAUAUUCCAGAACCCGUUUUUUCAACACUCCGUGGAAUUGGUGAGAUCCUUACAGGAUUCGUUUGCAACAACAUUUGGGAUCAACUCUUCCGUCUCACCCUAAUAUCUUCCAACAAUACCAAUCGUUUGGUGGAUGUGGUAGCUGAGCAAUAUCGCGAUUGCCCAAAGAAUGAAUUUAGUACUCCAACCGGCACCGUGUGGAUCAGUAUAUUCGCCAACCUGGUCAAUCUGAGUAAUCAAUAUUUCUCCAAUCUGGAGGCGCACAAUAACUCCAGCCUGCUGCCGGUGGCUGAACAGAUACCCAUACUCCAUAGGCUGGACCAUUCGGUGCAUUCCAUGCGCCUCUGGGUCACCGAGCAGGCGAAGCUCCUUUGCUGCGAGUGGAAAAUGGACCGCUUCUUUCAGAUUCUGGAGCACGAUGUCAAGCUGUGCCUGAAUGUCUUCAUUACCUUCCAACUGCCCAAACUCACUGCCGACCUGAGCGAUAUACUGAUGUUGGUUUGCGUUGCCCUGCGCACCAAACUCAUCGCCGAGGUCAACGCCAACAUAGACAAGCUAAAGAAAACCACCGACGAGUGUGUUCAGAUACUUUCCGCAGUUUGCCGAGUCCUCAGCCUGGCCAACUUUACGCUCUGUUUUCCGCCCGCCAGUUUCUGGCAACGCGAGGUGUACAACAACGAUGAGAAGAGCCUCUAUGUGGGCUAUGUGCUGGACGAGAUCUAUCUGCCCACCAUACGUGCCACCAAGGAUAUUGUCAUACUCAAGCUGAUCCUGAAGCUGAUUUGUGAGGCCUGGCUGGACUUUAUCUACCAGAAACGCAUCCGCUUCAGUGUGAACGGAGCGGUUCGGUUGCUCAACGAUUUCGACGAUGUGCGUGAGUGGAUCCUGGCCUGCAGUUUGUUGGAUGAGGAGCAGCUGGAUAAGCUGAGCAACCACGAGGUGCUGCGCAUGUGCAAGGGUGUAGGCAAGAUACUGCUCCGAAAGCCGGAGGAUGUGAUCUCCAUCACCCAGUCGCCCAAAUACGACAAGAAGGCGCAGGAUGCCUCUGCCCAGGACACUCAGCUGCCCUCGGAGAUGUUCGUCUCCAAUCAGAAGCACUGGCUGCAACUGAGAGCCAGUGGAGGCAAUGGAUUUCCGUUCCUGAAACUCUGCUGCGGCGAUAUUGGCAUGUAGAUGACCUCGUCAGGGGGUACAAAUGUUUAUUGAGCCGCUAAAAUGCUUUACAAAAGUGAGGGUCUAGAAUAUAUUAUAUAUAUAUAUUAGAAAAAGGGCAA